CAUCUUCCAGUAGAGUUCUCACCAGCCAGAACCCAUUAGCAGGUUAGAAAUCUCAUAUAGUUUUCAAAAAAUUUGUCAAAGUAGAUCAAAACCCACUUCCCAAAAUGCUGAAUCUGAAAUGGGUUUUCAAGUUUGCCUUCUUUUUUCAAUUCUCUGUUUUAUUCCCAGAAACCCUGACUCAAACAGUUGCACAAACCCCAGUUUGUUCAGAGACAGACACAGCUGUACUACUUGGAUUCAAAGGCAAGAUUUUGAAGGACACAACAGAGAUUCUCUCUUCAUGGAUUGGUAAAGAUUGUUGUGGAGGAGAUUGGGAGGGCAUUCAGUGUAACCCUACAGGGAGGGUGAUUGGUUUGGAGUUGCAGAGACCUGCUGACAGAGAGAGUGGUAUGUACAUGAAGGGCACCUUGUACCCUUCUCUGGGUAAUCUCCAGUUCUUGGAGACACUGGUGAUAAGUGGGAUGAAACAGAUUGGAGGUCCUAUUCCAGAGAGCUUCUCAAAGUUAACCCACCUCACCCAACUUGUCCUUGAAGAUAACAGCUUUGAAGGAUCCAUUCCUCCAAGUCUAGGUCAACUGCCCUUACUGAAGACACUCUCCCUGAGUGGGAACCAUUUGAAGGGACAGAUUCGUCCAAGUCUUGGGAACCUCAGAAACCUCAUCCAGAUGAAUUUUGGUAAGAACUUCCUGACAGGCCCAAUCCCACCCACCUUCAAAAACCUCAAUAGUUUGCUGUACCUUGAUCUUAGCUACAACCUUCUAUCUGGGCUGAUUCCAGAUUUUUUUGGACAGUUUCAUAAUCUAACCUCUAUUGACCUUUCAAAUAACAAGCUCUCAGGCCAGAUACCCAGUUCCCUUUGUAACUUGCCCAAUCUCAUGGACCUUUCUCUGAGCCAUAACCAGCUCACCGGUAGAAUCCCAGAUCAGUUUGGGAACAUUAAAUCUCUUACAACCCUUACUCUGAGUGAUAAUCAGCUCACUGGUCAAAUCCCAGUUUCAGUUUCAAGGCUACAGAAACUUUGGCAACUUAACCUGUCAAGAAAUGGGUUUUCAGAUCCCUCACCAAGAAUCCUUCCAAAUGGCAUCCCAUCUCUACUGUCAAUAGACUUAUCCUACAACAAACUCCAUUUAGCAAAUGUUCCUGACUGGAUUAGAAAUAAACCCCUCACAGAUGUGCACCUUGCUGGUUGUAACCUCAAAGGCCUCUUACCAAACUUUCCAAUGCCAGAAUCUUUGGCAUCAGUUGACCUCUCUGAUAACUUUUUCACAGGUGGGAUUUCCAAUUUUUUCACAAACAUGUCAAAUCUGCGAAAGAUCAAGCUCUCAAACAACCAGCUUAAGUCUGAUGUGUCCCUUUUCUUUGCAUUUAUCCCCCUAAAAAACUAA